UCGCGGCAGGGCGGCGGCGCGACGACGGACCGCCCCCGCGCACGUCCGACUGCCCCGGCUGCGAGUUAAGAGCUGGCGCCGAAGCCGCAGCUGCAGGCGCUGAGAUCCCCGAGACCCAGCCCGCGAGACCCAGCCCGGGCCAGCGCCCCCAGGGCCGCCGGAGCAGCCCCAUGGCGGGCAACCGUGCGUGCUCUGCCCAGGGCACUGGGACCCCAGGGGAAAAGGCUUUUCCGCCGAGACCUGGCAGAGCCCAGCCAGCAGCACCCUGCCCUGCAGACACCGGAAGCCUGCUUCUGUGCCACUCCGGGAUCCAGCCCAGGGGAGCAGCUGGCCCUGGUGAUUGGGGGCAUCGUCGGGGGGCUGCUGCUGCUGUUGGUCGGGGUGAGCUGCUGUCUGUGGAGGAGGCUCUGUGCCACCCUUGCCUAUGAGGAGCUGCCAGGGACACCAGCCAUGGCCACCACAGCCACCUCCAGCGGACUGGGGGACAAGCUCUGCCAGCAGCAUGCCAGGACGCCGCCCAGCAGGCCUCCAGGUGUGCCGUUUGUGGUGCCCCCUUCCCUCCGAGGCCGAGACUGGGUGCCCCUGCACAGUGGAGAGUGGACCCAGGCCCCACAGGACCCCUGCCCAGCCCCGGAGCUCCUGCCUCACGCCCCCAGCAGCAACCCUGCCCUCCCACCCUCCGUUGCAGGAGACACAUGCGUGGUGGGGACCAUCAACCCAGAGCUCUACAAGUCCUCGGAGGACAAGAGUGAGACCGACUUCCCUGCUGGCUGCCUAGGGCGGCUGUGGUUCUCCGUGGAAUACCAGCAGGAGGCCGAGCGGCUGCUGGUGGGCUUGAUCAAGGCACGGCAGCUGCAAGCCCCCUCAGAGACCUGCAGCCCCCUGGUGAAGCUCCACCUGCUGCCCGAUGAGCGGCGCUUCCUCCAGUCCAAGACCAAACGCAAAACCUCCAACCCGCAGUUUGAUGAGCACUUCAUCUUCCAGGUGUCCAGCAAGAGUGUUACCCAGAGGGUACUGAGGUUCUCGGUGUACCAUGUGGACAGGCAGAGGAAACACCAGCUCCUGGGCCAGGUGCUGUUCCCCCUGAAGCACGAGACCCUGGCAGGUGACUGCCGGCGCGUCAUCUGGAGAGACCUGGAGGCGGAGAGCCUGGAGCCUCCCUCGGAGUUUGGCGACCUCCAGUUCUGCCUCGGCUACAAUGACUACCUGAGCCGCCUGACGGUGGUCGUGCUGCGUGCCAAGGGCCUCCGGCUCCAGGAGGACAGGGGUGUUGUCAGUGUGUUUGUCAGAGUGUCUCUGAUGAACCACAACAAGUUCGUCAAGUGCAAGAAGACCUCGGCUGUGCUGGGCUCCAUCAACCCCGUGUACAACGAGACCUUCAGCUUCAAGACCGAUGCCACCGAGCUGGACACCGCCAGCCUCAGCCUGACAGUGAUGCAGAGCCUGGAAGGGGACAAGAGCCGGCCGCUGGGCCGGGUGGUGGUGGGCCCCUACAUGUACACGCGGGGCCGGGAGCUGGAGCACUGGGACCAGAUGCUCAGCAGGCCCAAGGAGCUGGUGAAGCGCUGGCACGCGCUCGGCCCCGCCUCCGAGCCCUGACCAGCGCCCAGGACCGGCUCUGCUUCCAGACGGCCCCUCUCCUCACCGUCGCUCUGGACGGCCACAAGCAGGGAUGUUUCAGCCAACAUCUCCCUGGCCGGCAGCUGUGGCAGUGCACUCCCCGCACGCCCUGUCCUUCCUACCUGUGGGGCUGUGGCAUGGAGGCCUGGCUCCCCGGCCUGAGUCAGCCUGGGUCCCCACGGGUUCUGAAGGAAUUCUCCACGUGGCGACGGCCUGGCUGUGCGCGCUGCCUGGCAGAGGAAACACUCCGCGCGGGCGGUGGUGGGCAGAAUGCUGCGAGCAGCCCGCCCAGGUGCCGGCUGGCGGACCGGGGUCAGCGUGGCCCACGGGGCCAGGUGAAGAGGGCCUCACCUGUGUUCCGUCCCUCCCCGGGGCGAUGCCCAAUCCCACCCACCACGUGAUGUCAAGUUUUGCCCACGGCCCUCAGGGGCCACAGCCUCAAGCCCCGGGCCCGUAGCAUUCUGCUGCUGGCUUCCAUGGUCUCCCGAACCCACCAGCGCUCAGUUCCUGUUCCCGUCAACCGGGACGUGGUGGAAGCCGUGUGGCCGCAGUGUAGCCCACAGGGCUGAGAAUGUUUCCUGUGAACCCGGGGAUUCCAGUGUGAUCGUUGUGCUGUGGUGUCAAUAUAAAAUUCAUCAAGACUUAAGUCCCCACACAUCACAGCCAUCAACUCCCCAGAAGCUGUACUGGAGCUACCGAGCAGCGAUGGGGCCUGUCACUGUCACCGAAACAGGCAGUGGGCAUUUGCACCCUGGUGCUGUGGAGCUUGUGGAGUCCACACCCUGUCGUUGUGUAGCUAGAACAGAACUUCAAACUGGUAUCUUUUUCUUACGCAGUGAAGCAACUUCAGCAAAAUAAGGAAUUGAAUGCGUUAUACUGAGUUUGUGCCUUUUACUUGUCUUCCUUUCUGUCACUGCACACAUGCAAGCUUGCCUGGCAGUGGCCCAUGUGGACACAGUAUCUUGUGUUUGCCUUUUCUCACUUAUUUCACUUGCAUGUUUUCAAAGUAGUCCACAAAGCUGUCGUUUCUAAUAGCUUCAUAGCACACACAUAAUCGUUCUGUGUGUUUACAGAGCAGGUGACUAAUAUGAAAUUGUUUCUGUGUCACCUGACAUCCCAGUCACCUGACAUACCAGCCACCUCCACAUCCACGUGAGAUCCAUGACUAGCAGUGGCCUUUCUAGAGCCACUUGGAAACGUUGAUGAGGGUCAACGUUGAUGAGGGUCCUCUUCGCAAGACAGAGUGAACUGCUGUAUCAGACUCACUCCUGAAAAAUCUAAAUGGCAGAGACUAACAGGCCCUCUGCUCUGAUGGGGGAAAGAGGGUUUCAGUAUAGGGCUGUCCUCUGUCUACAAACACAGUCGGGGCAAGAUAUACACACAUGUUCCCCAUGGACCAGAGAGAGCUGGCUCAAAUCCUGUCCACAAGGUGACUCCCUUGAAAGAAGCCCUUUGCAUUUCCAUAAAACAUUUAAGCAUCAGCUGGUCAAUUUCCACAAAGUAAAGUGCUAGAAUUUGAUGAUAUUUCAUUGACUAUAAGACCAAUUUGGGGGUCAUGUGACUUUACAAUAUUGAAUCUUCUGAUCCAUUAACAUGGUGUUAGGUCUUUUGUAAGUUUCUUAAAACUGUUUUGUGGUUUCAAGCAAAGUGUUCUUGCACAUCUUUCAUUAGAUUUACUCUUAGGUGUUUUAUAUUUGUUUAUUGGUAGUAUAUAGAGAUUCUGUUGCUACAAAAGUAUGCUGACUUUGUAUCUAGUGAGUGGCCUUGUUAAUUCAUUUAAAUUUUAAUGGUUUCCAGAUUCUUUGUGUAUGACCAUGUCCUCUGUGUUUUAUAUCUUCUUUCCCAAUCUUUAUGCCUUAUUUACUGAUUGCCAAAUUGCUGUGUCUGGGCAAUUGGAAAAGAAAAAGAAAUAAAAGACUGUAUUGUAAAGGAAGAAGUAAAACUAUAUUUGCAGAUGACAUGAUCUUGUAUAUAGAAAAUCCUCAAGCAUACACACACACACAAAUCCUAUUAGAGUUAAUGAACAAGCUGAGCAUGGCUGCAGGAUACAAAUUGCUAUACAAAUUGCACUGGCUCCAUUCUCCAGCGAAUGCUGACUCCAAGUAGUGAUAGUGGGUGUGCUUGUCGCGUUCUCAGUCUCUAGGGUGGCGGGCAGGGGCGUAGAAGCUGUCAAUAUUUACCAUUAAGAUAUUUGCUAUAGGAUUUUUAUUGUACUCAUAAUAGUAUAUUCCCAAUCUGUUAAAAAAAAGAUUGUGAUUUUUUAAAAUCACAAAUGGUAUUAAAUUUUAUCAAAUACUUUUUCUGUAUCUUUUGAAAUAAUUUUUUUCUCCUUUAUUCUUUUAAUGUGAUGACUUAUACUGAUUGACUUUUGAAUGUCAAAUCAAAUUUACAUUCUCAUAAUAGGAACCAGUGGGGUGUGUAUGUGUUUGUGUGUGUGCAAGUGUAUAAUAAUACUAGGACUUACUUAUUUCAAAUUUAGAUGUGUUUGUUAUUAUAGUUUUAAGAAUUUUUGCAGUUAUGUUCAUGAGAGACUUUCCUAUGAGAUUUUUAUUGUAAUCUUCUUGCACUGGAAAGGAAUAUGCAUGUAUUCUACAGUUGUGUGCAGGUGUUCUGUAUAUUUCAAUUAGGUCAAGUUUGUAAAUCAGGUUGGUCAAAUCAUCUACAUCUUUACUUAUACUUUUGUCUGUUUUUCUAUCCAGAUUAAGAGAGGUUAGAGCCUCCCAGUAUGAUUGUAAAUUUGUUUAUUUUUCCUUCCAGUUUUGUCAAUUUUGUUUUAUUUAUUUAGAGGUUAUGUUAUUAGGCUCAUAUUCAAUUAAAAUUGAUAUUUUUCUGAUAGAUUAAACCCUUUAUCAGUGUGGAAUGGCUCUCUCUACCACUCACAAUGUGUUUUUUUUUUCAUUUUUCCCUUACUUUUCAAGCUUCUUAUGUUCUUAUUAUAUAAUUAUAUAAUGUCUCUUGAAUAUAGUUUUUUAUAUCAAGUCUGCCAACUCUGUCUUUUGUGUAUUUAGCACAUUUACAUUUAAUGUAAUUAAUGAUACAGUUGUGUUGACAUAUACCAUUUUGCCGUUUGUUUCCAUUGUCCUACCUAAUUUAUGCUUCUUUUUCUCUCGGUUGCCUUCUUUC